GGGCGGGCAGCGAGCGGAGCGGCGGGCGGCCGCGGCGGAGCGAUGAUCCGCCGGCAAGACACUGAACGGGCAGUGGAAAUUCUGACCAGGUACCAAAGCACCCUGCGGUCCCCGGAGGAGCAGGAGCUAAAAGCCUCCAUUGGAAAGAUCUCACACAUCUUCCAAAGUGAACUCUUCCAGGCUCUGCUGGAUAUCCAUGAAUUCUAUGACUUCACACUGCGCUCUGCACCCCUGCAGCCUCCCAGCCUAGACACACAUCGUGGCACAGCCAGACAGCAACGUGGGGCCAGCGAGUCCAGCUCCACAGUCACAUCUGAGGAGCCCCAAAACCUACCUGAGGAUCCAUCCCAGGAGGGCGCGCGGGGCCUGCCCGCAGGGGCUGGGGACGGCACGCCGGGGACACCGCCGCGGCUCGUGAGGGUGACGGCGCGGAGGACGGCAGCACCGGCCAGCGUCUGCAGCCUGGUGCUGGGCUCCCACAGCACCCUGCCCCAGGCCAACCCAGCUCCCAUUAUCGUGAACACAGACUCGCUGGAACAAGGGCUCUCUGUGAAUGGCAGCGAUGGGAUGUUCAAGUAUGAGGAGAUUGUCUUGGAAAGGGGUAACUCCGGUCUCGGCUUCAGCAUAGCGGGAGGAAUCGACAACCCCCAUGUUCCAGAUGACCCUGGCAUCUUCAUCACCAAGAUCAUCCCCGGUGGAGCGGCAGCCAUGGACGGCCGUCUGGGGGUAAACGACUGCGUGCUGCGGGUGAAUGACGUGGAUGUUUCUGAGGUGGUGCACAGCAAAGCCGUGGAGGCUCUGAAGGAAGCCGGCCCCGUGGUGCGGCUCGUGGUGCGCCGCCGGCAGCCCCCACCAGAGACCAUCAUGGAGGUCAACUUGAUGAAGGGCCCCAAAGGCCUGGGGUUCAGCAUCGCAGGGGGCAUCGGGAACCAGCACAUCCCUGGGGACAACAGCAUCUACAUCACCAAGAUCAUCGAGGGCGGCGCUGCGCAGAAGGACGGGCGCCUGCAGAUCGGGGACCGGCUGCUCGCGGUGAACAACACCAACCUGCAGGACGUGCGGCACGAGGAGGCGGUGGCUGCCCUGAAGAACACCUCUGACAUGGUGUACCUGAAGGUGGCCAAGCCCGGCAACAUCCACCUCAACGACAUGUACGCGCCCCCCGACUACGCCAGCACCUUCUCAGCCUUGGCUGACAACCACAUAAGCCAUAACUCGAGUCUGGGCUACCUGGGCAGCGUUGAGAGCAAGCCUGCCUACCCUGUCCCUCCCCAGGUGACUCCGUCCCGGUACUCGCCCACCCCUCGGCACAUGAUUGGGGACGACGACUUCACCAGGGAGCCCCGGAAAAUCAUCCUGCACAAAGGCUCCACCGGACUGGGCUUCAACAUCGUUGGAGGGGAAGAUGGUGAGGGGAUCUUCGUGUCCUUCAUCCUGGCCGGAGGCCCUGCUGACCUCAGUGGGGAGCUGCGGAGGGGAGACCGCAUCCUCUCGGUGAACGGCGUCAACCUCCGCAACGCCACCCACGAGCAGGCGGCGGCGGCGCUGAAGCGCGCGGGGCAGUCGGUGACGAUCGUGGCUCAGUACCGGCCCGAAGAGUACAGCCGCUUCGAGUCCAAGAUCCACGACCUGAGGGAGCAGAUGAUGAACAGCAGCAUGAGCUCCGGCUCCGGCUCGCUCCGGACAAGCGAGAAGAGAUCUCUCUAUGUGCGAGCCCUGUUUGACUAUGACCGGACCCGGGACAGUUGCUUGCCCAGCCAGGGGCUCAGCUUCUCUUACGGGGACAUCCUGCACGUCAUUAAUGCCUCUGAUGACGAGUGGUGGCAAGCCAGGCUUGUCACACCCCACGGCGAGAGUGAGCAGAUCGGGGUCAUCCCCAGCAAGAAGAGGGUGGAAAAGAAGGAGAGAGCGAGGUUGAAAACGGUGAAGUUCCACGCCAGGACUGGCAUGAUUGAGUCCAACAGGUCGAUCAAAACGAAACGUAAAAAGAGUUUCCGCCUCUCUCGAAAGUUUCCAUUUUACAAGAGCAAAGAGAACCUGGCCCAGGAGAGCAGCGGACAGGAACAGGGCGUGACAUCAAACACCAGUGACAGCGAGAGCAGUUCCAAAGGACAAGAGGACACCAUCCUGUCAUACGAGCCAGUGACGCGGCAAGAAAUUCACUAUGCGAGGCCAGUGAUCAUCCUGGGGCCAACGAAGGACCGAGUUAAUGACGACCUCAUCUCCGAGUUCCCACACAAGUUUGGCUCCUGCGUGCCCCACACCACCAGGCCUCGGCGCGAGAACGAGGUGGACGGACAGGACUAUCACUUCGUUGUGUCCCGGGAGCAGAUGGAGAAGGACAUCCAGGACAACAAGUUCAUAGAGGCUGGGCAGUUCAAUGACAAUCUCUAUGGGACCAGCAUCCAGUCAGUGCGGGCAGUGGCAGAGAGGGGGAAACACUGCAUCCUGGACGUGUCUGGCAAUGCUAUCAAGAGGUUGCAACAAGCACAACUUUAUCCCAUUGCCAUUUUCAUCAAACCAAAAUCCAUCGAAGCUCUCAUGGAGAUGAACCGGAGACAGACGUACGAACAGGCCAACAAGGUGUUUGACAAAGCCAUGAAACUCGAGCAAGAGUUUGGAGAGUAUUUUACAGCCAUCGUACAAGGAGACUCUCUCGAAGAGAUUUACAGCAAAAUCAAACAGAUCAUCGAGGACCAGUCCGGGCACUACAUCUGGGUGUCGUCCCCCGAAAAACUCUGAAGAUGUCCCCCAGCUGCUUCCCGUGAGCAGAAGAUGUCUGAAGUCCCACCCCAGCCCAGCCCUCUGCCCCGAGGAGGGGGGGAUACGAAAACUAUUCCUGCCCCCUUUUUUUAGAUGGUCGCAAAAUUGAGUUUUCUAGUCCUGUUUCUUUUGUUGGGAUGAACUCGUCUCAUUCAUCACGUGACUGUUCCCACCACUCCUGCAUGGACCUUCCCACUGCUCCAUUAGAGACAGAUGAGAACCCAUUCAAGGUCGUUUUUUAUUAUUGUUAUUAUUAUUAUUAAUUAUUAUUAUUAUUAUUAACUAAACCAAUAAUCAAGAUGGGAGGAGGCAGCUAAGGACUAACGUGAGAAACAAGUGAAACGGUGGACUCUGAGCACAUGAGCCUGGUGUCAGAGCUCCCAGGGGCAUUUCUCCGUGUGACUGUCUAGCAGCUCUGAACAGGGCGACAGAAAGGUGGCAGAGAGCCUUUAUUUAUCUGUAUAUGUAAUUUAUAUAUAAUAUAGAGAGAGAUAUUAUAUAUAUAUUAUAUAUAUAUAUGUAUGUGGACUAGGAAACCUUGAGGGACCUCUCUUGAAAGGUAUUGUAUUCCUGCAAGGAUCUUCCUGUGUCCCAGUGGCGGGGUGUGGGGGGUCACUGGGGCAGGAAGAGCUCAGAACGGUACCAGGUGCUUCGGAAGCGUCUCCAGUGGGGACCAGCCCUCUGCCAGCCCUGGGGCCUGAGGCAGGGCAGGGACUGCUGCUCUGCCCAGGCAGAGGGCUCCAGAGCUCCAGAGCAACACAGCAAGGAGCAGCAGCCGCUGUGAGUGAGGCUGGGAGACAGAGACUGAGCAGGAGGCUGCAGAGCGGGAGGAUGGAUGUUACUACGUAUUAAAUUGCACAUUGUUUCACACCCCA